CUAAACUUCAAAUUUCAAACCAAUUUCUAUUUUCUUUUUCCAAAAUGGCCUUUUUUUCCUUACUAUAUUUUACUUCAUUCCUAACUCUAUGUCUUCUAAAUUUACCCUUAUGUAUUUUACCAUUUACUGUUAUAAUGUCGGAUUCUACUGCCCCAUCAGCCUUAGUUGAUGCACCGCAAAUGGGUUUUACUAUGAAUAAAAAUGGUGCUCGAACAGAUGCCCGUGAGCAAAAAGCGGUUUAUGAUAUUAUGCUUGCAACCGGGAAUCCAUGGGCGACUGAGAUUCCCGAUGUUUGUCGGGGCCGAUGGCAUGGUAUCGAGUGUAUGCCCGAUAAAGAUAAUAUCUACCAUGUGGUUUCCCUCUCUUUUGGGGCCUUAUCGGAUGACACUGCUUUUCCUACAUGCGACCCGGCCCGAGCAUACAUAUCUGAAUCCAUUACUAAGUUACCUUACCUUAGAACAUUGUUCUUUUACCGUUGUUUGAGUGACACCCCUCAAGCUAUUCCAUCUUUUUUGGGUCGUCUAGGCCCAUCAAUUCAAACGUUAGUGUUAAGAGAAAAUGGGUUGAUCGGCCCAAUCCCAAGUGAGUUGGGUAACUUAACCAAGCUUCGGAUCCUUGAUUUGAGUAAAAAUAACCUAAAUGGAUCAAUACCAAUGUCGUUAAGCCAUAUCAACGGGCUAAGGUCAUUAGAUUUAAGUGGGAAUAGAUUAAUGGGUCAAAUACCCAAUUCGGGUUUUCCAUCUUUAAAUAUUUUAGACUUCAACCAAAAUCUAUUAACCGGCCCAAUUCCAUCAAGUCUUGGGCUUAGUCAAUCUCUAAUAAAACUGGAUCUUAGUCGUAAUAGGCUUUCAGGCCCAAUACCCGACUCAAUUUUGGGCCUUAAAGAUCUAAUCCUUAUGGACCUUAGCUUUAACCGGUUAACCGGCCCAUUCCCAAAUUCCUUCAAAAAUCUCCAAUCACUUCAAGCCCUAAUCUUAAAAGGCAACCCAAUGACAUCCACAACAAUCCCAAACAAUUCCCUAGAGGGCAUGAACAAUUUGGUCACCCUAAUACUAUCCAACAUGAAACUACAAGGCCCAAUACCCACAUCCUUAACCCGACUCUCGAAAAUCCGGGUCAUCCAUCUCGACGAUAAUAAGCUAAAUGGGUCGAUACCCGAAAGUUUUAGAGGUCUAAAAUACCUUAGUGAGUUAAGGAUCAACAACAACCAAUUGAAUGGACCACUCCCUAUAGAUAAAGAGAUGUUAUGGAAAAUGGGAAAGAAACUUAGGUUAUAUAAUAAUUCAGGAGUAUGCUUUAAAUAUGAAAACGAUGGUGAUUUUGCUGGUGAUUCAGAUUUGGUAAUGGAAUGGGGUAUUGGAUAUUGUAGUGUACAUAGAACAAGAUCAGUGCCAGUACAACAUACACUUAAAAGUAUUAGGGGAAGUAACAAUGAGACACCCAUAUUGGUCAAUAAAUCAUCUUCACUUGUAUACGAAUUUUGGGUGAUUUAUUUGUCGUGUUUUGUUUUUGCUCUCAUUUGGUUAUAGAAAAUGUUUUGGACUGUGGUAAUACUAGAGAAUCUCUUACAGGAAUGAAGAAAGGAAUACUGAUCUUUUUGUAAGUAAUGAGAAUCGAAAAGUCUUUAAUCACCGGGUCAACGGUUAAUUAAUUUGGUGAUAGGAAAUAGUUUAGAAGUAGUUUUGAAUUUUUGGUGUAAAUAAUAUGUAUAUGCCUCUACUCCUAACUCCUAGCACAAAGGAUUGUAUUUCUAUUUAAGAAAUUAGAAAGGUGUUCUAAUUAUAA